AUGCACCAACCACCUAGAUGUGCUAGACUUCCACCACGUGGAAUUUUUGUGCGCCGAUGCUGCCUCCGCUGCCGGACCUUCGGCCUCGGCAUAUACCAUUCACGGCCCAAUCCGUCAUCACUACGAGCAACACUGCACACGCCUCCAUGUACUGGCGCGGCUGCCACGAUCGUGCCAUCCUUCUCUGUAGACGCCGCACGCCGCUUCACGGCCGAUUACGGCCUUGCGGUGCGCGCCCUCGCCAUACGUGUAGCCGAUGCCGCCGAGGCAUUCUCCGCUAGUGUGGACGCUGGUGCGCGCCCUACGGAACUGGGGCACGAUUUCGUCAUGGCCAAGGUCGAGCUAUUAGGAGACGCGGUUCUUCGUUUCGUGAGCUACCCAGACGGUACCGACGUGACCUUCAUCCCUGGUUUCGAGAGCGUCGCUAGUUCGGGGUCUCUGGACUUCGGACUCACCCGGUUUGACCAUAUCGCCUGUGGCGUCCCAGACCUGGCUUCCGUCGCCUCGUACAUCGCCCAGUACACAGGGUUCCACGAAUUCUCCAAUUUCACCGCCGAGAAAGUGGGUAUGAAAGAAAGCGCGCUGAACGGCCUGGUGCUUGCCAACAACAAGGACACUGUGCUACUAACGCUCCUGGAGACGGUGCACGGCACCAAGCACGGCACCAAACGGCCUGCCAGCGACGACCUUCUUUGCACGUUGAGGGGGAUCCGUGCGCGGUCGUCCAUGGGCGGCUUUGAGCUCCUGCCAGCGCCGCCGCCCAGCUACUAUGACGAUGUAAGGCAGAUCGCCAGUGACGUCUUAUCGGAGGAGCAGAUUAAGGAGUGCCAGGAAAUGGGCGUGCUGGUGGACAGGGAUGACCACGGAGGAGUUGUGCUACAAGUUUUCACCAAAGCGGCGGUAGACAGGCCAACAUUGCUUUUGGAGUUUAUCCAAAGGAUCGAGGGCAUGGAGAACCAGCACCAGCAGGUAUACCCCAAGGGUGGCUACGGUGGGUUUGCCAAGGACAACGUCAAUCAUAUCUUCUUUUGA